AUGCCAGAGUCUUCAUUUCUUGGCGACAAACAUCCUUUACCAGUGGCCCAUGACGCAGAUGAAGGUACUAAUUCAGUAAAGACGUAUAAAUUAAGCCCAAACGAGUAUUUCUCGUUGGAUGUGCAGGAUGCUGGUGACAAAAGCGUCACCGCUGAGCUCGUGUUGCAGAAAACACUGGAUCGAGAAAAACAGUCAGUAAUUGACCUCACUUUGUCGGCUAUAGAUGGAGCAAAACCAGCUAAAACUGGGACAGUCCAGCUCAAGAUUAAUGUGUUAGAUGUGAAUGAUAAUUCACCUGUAUUCAGUAAAAGCCUUUAUAAAACCCAGGUUGUUGAAAAUGCCGUUAUGGGCACAACACUGUUAACUCUGACCGCUACGGAUUUAGACGAAGGCCUUAAUGCUCAGCUUGUGUACGCGUUUGCAGAUAGAGGACGUUUUAAAUCUGAUGAAAAGUUCACCAUAAAUUCAAAUUCUGGUGAGAUUACAGUCAAAGGUGAUAUUGAUUAUGAGGAGAACCAGGCGUAUGAGAUCCGUGUUCAGGUGCGAGACAAAGGCGUGCCUCCGCGUCUUGCCCAUGGGAAAGUUUUAGUCGAGGUUAUAGAUGUAAAUGACAACGCUCCAGAAAUUUCAGUUACCUCAAUGAUGAGUCCUGUGAAGGAAGAUGCUGAAACAGGCACGGCUGUUGCCAUGAUAACUAUUACUGACAGAGAUGGAGGAAAAAACGGACUGACUGAUUGUAAAAUAGUGGGAGCUGCUCCAUUUAAACUAAACCGUAACUAUAAAAACUAUUAUUCCUUGUUGGUGGAUGGUCCUCUGGAUAGAGAGGCUGUGUCUGAGUAUAACAUUUCAAUUGUAGCCGCAGACGAAGGGACGCCAUCACUGUCCAGUGCCAGUGUCAUUCAGGUGAAAGUUGCGGAUGUUAAUGACAACCCGCCACGCUUUCAGGAACCUGUGAUCAAUAUUUAUGUGAAAGAGAACAGUCAGAUAGGCUCUGUCAUUUACACGCUCACGUCGUCAGAUUUAGAUUCAACUGACAACGCCAAAGUAUCUUACAGUUUGUUAAAUAGUGGUAAAAAUAAUGUCCCCGCAUCAUCAGUCAUUAAUAUAAACUCAGACACAGGAGACAUAGUGAGUCUCCAGACUUUUAACUUUGAGGAGCUGAAAACGUUUCAGUUUAAGGUCCAGGCCACAGACUCUGGUGUCCCUCCGCUCAGCAGCAACGUGACUGUGAACGUUUUUAUUCUGGAUGAAAAUGACAAUAGCCCCACGAUCCUGGCGCCCUAUUCUGAGCACGGCUCCGUUAACAGUGAGAGCAUCCCCUAUUCCGCUGAAGCGGGCUACUUUGUGGCAAAGAUCAGGGCUGUAGACGCAGACUCUGGGUACAACGCGCUGCUUUCUUAUCACCUGACUGAGCCCAAAGGGAACAACCUGUUCCGGAUCGGGACCAGCACCGGAGAGAUCCGCACCAAGAGGAGGAUGAGUGACAAUGACCUGAAAAGUCACCCCUUGGUGGUGCUGGUGUGUGAUAACGGAGAGCCCUCCCUGUCCGCCACUGUGUCUAUUGAUGUAGUGGUGGUGGAGAGCACAGCGGACAUUCAGACUCAGUUCAGACAUGUGCCCAUAAAGGAGGACAGCUUCUCGGAUUUAAACCUGUACCUGCUCAUCGCCAUUGUGGCGGUGUCAGUCAUCUUUCUGCUCAGCCUCAUCACGUUAAUAGCAGUGAGAUGUCACAGGACAGAGAGCUCUUUCAGCAGGUACAGCGCCCCCAUGAUCACCACCCACCCUGACGGAGCUGGUCCUACUCCAAAUCCACUCAGCAGUAUGACGUGUGCUUCAGCUCAGACACACUCAAGAGCGACGUAG